AAUUAAGAAAGUUUUGAAUUCUUUUUUCAAUACCUACCUAAAAUAAAAGCUUUAUAUAUCCUCUUUAGGAAAAUUUCCGUCCCAAUGAAGCUGCAAGCAAGCAAUUAAGCUACCUCAGGAAGCAAAGUCUAUGGCGACUCCUUCAAACCCCAAAACCAAAUAGUAGAAUAAAAUCAUAGCACGACCCAAUUCCAAAGAAGUUGAAUACUUUAACCACCCUCUUUUUUUCCUUCGCCACCAUUAUCCAAAACGCCCCAGUGCCUUACGCUACUGCUUUUUUUGUAACAGCCAUAUCAUUAAAUAUUAAUUACCAGAGUCAAAAGAAAACAAUGAGUAUGCAUGUACGGUGGGUGGCUAUUAUUAAUUAAGACCAAAACCAUCCAAAUUCUUUGCUUGUACACCUGAACCCUAAUGACCACUUUCACACACUCCAUUUUCCACCAUGACCUUCUUUUUCUUUUCUAUUUCUUUCUCCUCACGGAAUUUCCGCCGCAGGCCACCGCGCAGCCUCCGAACACGCUGACGCCGCCGCCGCAGCAGGACCGCUUUACGAGGCUGAAGUUCGACAAAUCCAUGGCCAUCGUUCUGCUGAUCCUGGUGGUGGUGUUCUUCAUCCUAGGGUUCCUCUCCGUGUACACGCGCCAGUGCGCGGAGCGCAGGAUGGGAGGGAGGUUCGACCUCUCCAUCUCGAUCUCGCGCCGGCAACGCGGCCUCGGCCGCGAAGUCAUCGAAACGUUCCCGACGUUCGUGUACUCCACCGUGAAGAGCCUCAAGAUAGGGCGCGCCACGCUAGAAUGCGCCGUGUGCCUAAACGAGUUCGAGGAGGAUGAAACGCUGCGUUUCAUCCCCAACUGCAGCCACGUGUUCCACUCCGACUGCAUCGACGCGUGGCUCGCAAACCACUCCACUUGCCCCGUCUGUCGCGCCAAUCUUACUUCCAAACCCGAUGACCGGUGUUCUGCUCCUAUCCAAAACCCGGAUCCGGAGCAGCCCGUUUUAACCUCAUCAACCCGACCCGAAACCGUGGGUGCUGAUUUGCUUAGUCAGAACCGUACACCGCCGCGACCAUGGUCAACGGGUCUUAGUAUCGCGAGUUGGUUUCCGCGGUCUCACUCGACGGGGCACUCGCUGGUUCAACCCGGGGAGAAUUGUGAACGGUUUACGCUGCGUUUGCCUGAGGAAGUGCGGAACGAGCUUAUGCUGAGUCGCACCAAGAGUUGCGGCGUGAGCGUGACGUUCACGCGCGAGAAUAGUGGAAGGAGGGGUUACAGGGCAAGGAGCCUUGGUAGCAGCCUCAGCCCUCACGUGACAAGAAACAGCACCAGUCCUCACGUUAGGGGGUGGUUUUCUCGGCCACGCUCGAUUAAGGAUGAUGUCGGGGAACGGUCUUCGGAUCGGUUAUUCUCCACGACAAGGGAUAUUAGUGAGGUUUAGAUGCUUCAUUUUUUAUUUGGUGGCUAAAAGUCAAAGAUGAUCAUAAUAUCAUUACUUUCACAGUUUCACAAUGGCUUUUGCUUUUGCCAUUUACCAAACCAGCCUUUGUGCUCAUGUAUAUAGUUACAUUUUUAUUUUUUUUUUGUAAUUUUUAUAUAUGCUGCAGUAAUAUUUAUUUGUAUGGUUUUGGAGUUUGGAAAUUUUGGAGUAAUAUUUUGUAA